UUCCUCGCCCUGCCAUGAGCCGCCCCCCGCCGCCGCAGCGCUGAGCGGGGAGCGCGGAGCCAUGCCGGGCUGGAAGAAGAACAUCCCCAUCUGCCUGCAAGCCGAGCCGGAGCGAGAUGAGAGUCCUUACACAAAGUCUGCAAACCAGGCAAAGGCACCUGAUGGAGCACUGUCUGUGAGGAGACAGAGUAUUCCAGAAGAAUUCAAAGGCUCAACAAUAGUUGAAUUAAUGAAAAAAGAAGGCACCACCCUAGGGCUUACAGUAUCAGGUGGAAUCGACAAGGAUGGGAAACCAAGAGUAUCUAACCUUCGUCAAGGAGGAAUCGCUGCUAGGAGUGACCAGCUGGAUGUAGGAGACUACAUCAAAUCUGUGAAUGGAAUCAACCUGACCAAAUUUCGCCACGAUGAGAUCAUCAGCCUGCUCAAGAAUGUUGGCGAGAGGGUUGUUCUAGAAGUGGAAUAUGAGCUGCCUCCAGUCACUGUACAAGGAUCAGGUCUCGUCUUCAGAACUGUGGAAGUUACUUUACAUAAAGAGGGGAACACUUUUGGAUUUGUAAUAAGAGGUGGAGCACACGAUGACAGAAAUAAAUCUCGUCCUGUUGUAAUAACAUGCGUUAGACCUGGCGGGCCUGCUGACAGAGAGGGCACAAUCAAACCUGGAGACAGGCUGCUGAGUGUUGAUGGUAUCCGACUGUUGGGAACAACACAUGCUGAAGCCAUGAGUAUUCUCAAACAGUGUGGACAGGAGGCAACUCUGCUGGUUGAAUACGAUGUCUCAGUGAUGGAUUCGGUAGCAACAGCAUCUGGACCGCUGCUAGUUGAAGUUGCCAAAACUCCCGGUGCUGCUCUUGGGGUUGCACUAACUACCUCGAUGUGCUGCAACAAACAGGUCAUUGUCAUAGACAAAAUCAAGUCUGCGAGUAUUGCAGACAGAUGUGGUGCAUUACAUGUAGGAGACCAUAUUCUGUCCAUCGACGGCACCAGCAUGGAGUACUGUACGCUGGCAGAAGCAACGCAGUUUUUGGCUAAUGCAGCAGAUAAUGUCAAACUUGAGAUCCUUCCUCAUCACCAGACACGGCUGGCACUGAAAGGCCCGGAGCACGCAGCUUUGGUGUCUUCGUCCUUCUCUCCUACCUCCAUGAGUGCAUACAGCCUGAGUUCCCUGAACAUGGGGACCUUACCUCGCAGCCUCUACUCCACCAGCCCGCGUGGGACAAUGAUGAGGCGGAGGAUGAAAAAGAAGGACUUCAAAAGCUCCUUGUCUUUAGCCUCUAGCACUGUUGGCUUGGCCGGGCAGGUCGUCCACACAGAAACCACAGAAGUAGUGCUGACAGCUGACCCCAUGGUGGGGUUUGGGAUACAGCUCCAGGGUAGCGUGUUUGCUACUGAGACCUUGUCCUCUCCACCUCUCAUUUCCUAUAUUGAGUCUGACAGUCCGGCGGAAAGGUGUGGGGUGCUGCAAAUAGGAGACAGAAUAGUGGCAAUAAACGGUAUCCCAACAGAAGACAGCACAUUUGAUGAGGCCAAUCAACUGCUCAGAGACUCCUCUAUCACCAACAAGGUCACUUUGGAAGUAGAAUUUGAUGUUGCAGAAUCAGUUAUACCAAGCAGCGGAACAUUUCAUGUGAAACUACCAAAGAAGCAUAAUGUGGAACUUGGCAUCACCAUAAGUUCUCCAUCCAGUAGAAAACCAGGGGACCCUCUGGUUAUUUCUGAUAUCAAGAAAGGAAGUGUUGCUCACAGAACUGGGACACUUGAACUGGGUGAUAAGUUGCUUGCAAUAGACAACAUUCGACUUGACAAUUGCUCCAUGGAAGAUGCUGUCCAGAUCCUUCAGCACUGUGAGGACCUUGUGAAGCUAAAGAUCCGCAAAGAUGAAGAUAAUUCCGAUGAACAGGAGAGCUCUGGAGCAAUUAUUUAUACCGUUGAGCUCAAGCGCUAUGGUGGGCCUCUUGGAAUUACAAUCUCUGGUACUGAAGAGCCUUUUGAUCCCAUAAUCAUUUCCAGCCUUACAAAAGGAGGAUUAGCUGAAAGGACUGGCGCAAUUCACAUAGGAGACAGAAUCCUAGCAAUAAAUAGUAGCAGUCUGAAAGGAAAACCUUUAAGUGAAGCCAUUCAUUUAUUACAGAUGGCAGGAGAAACCGUCACCUUGAAAAUCAAGAAGCAGACAGAUGCUACCAGUCCCAAGAAAUUUUCUGUUCCUGUGGGUCACAUAAAUGAAUUGAGUGAUGCUGAAGAUGAAACCUCUGCUGCACAGAAAUCUGGCAAACUCUCAGACAUCUAUUCCACUACAGUCCCAAGCGUUGACAGUGCAGUAGAGUCAUGGGAUGGCUCUGGUAUUGAUACCAGCUUUGGAAAUCAAGGACACAACUAUCAGGCAUCAGGGUACAACUUCAAUGCCUAUGAGUGGAGGACUCCAAAGCAGACUAGUUUGUCCCCUCCAAGCAAACCACGAAACCACCCAUUUCAUGAUACAGGGCUGAGUGAUGAUGAAUGGGACCGACCUACAGCAAGCAGCACAGCUUCCAAGAACAUGUGGCAACAGAAGGAGACUGAGACACUGGGAGAGAAUCAAGAAAACCAUUUAAAGCAAGCUUCCGUAGAAAGAUCAGGGGGAGAGAGCAACAGGAGCGUGAAGAAAGAGAGCAAGAUGUGGAAAGGUGCCUCUGGUGGGCCAAGGAAAGGUGGGGGGCAGCUGGAAGAAUGGAAUACCUCCAGCUUUGCAGGUACCCAUGAUAACACCGAGGCUGACCAGGAGGAAAAUUUCUGGUCUCAGGCUCUGGAGGAUUUAGAGACCUGUGGCCAGUCAGGAAUUCUGAGGGAACUAGAGGACAAGGCUGACAGGCGUCUGUGUUUGAGAAACAUGACUCUCUUGGCCACAAUUAUGUCAGGAAGUACAAUGAGUUUGAAUCAUGAAAACCCACAACCUCGUAACCAGCUGGGAAGACAAGCCAGCUUCCAGGAAAGAAGUACUGUAAGGCCACAUUACAGUCAAGCUACUCGUAGCAACACAUUGCCAUCAGAUGUGGGGAGAAAGUCCAUGGUUCUGAGAAAAAUUAAGCAAGAGAUGAAAGAAAUCAUGUCACCAACUCCUGUGGAGUUACACAAGGUAACUUUGUACAAGGACUCAGAUGGAGAAGACUUUGGGUUCAGUGUCUCAGAUGGUUUACUGGAAAAAGGAGUGUAUGUUAAAAACAUUCGACCAGCUGGCCCUGGUGAUCUGGGAGGUUUAAAACCAUACGACAGGCUUUUACAGGUAAACCACGUCCGCACCAGAGACUUUGACUGCUGUCUGGUUGUGCCCCUCAUUGCAGAAUCUGGCAACAAGCUGGAGCUGGUUAUUAGCAGAAACCCGCUGGCACCUCCGAAAGGAAGCUCAGAACAACAGACUUCAGUGAGUGGGGAGUGGUGUGAUCAGACUAACGCCUUCCUUCAGCAGAGCGGACACACUAAUGUUCAUACAGAGACACGGGAUCCUACAAAUACAUUAUAGCAGAAAAUCGUUUUAGUGGGACAUUCGGUAACAAAAGACAAUUAUGGUGCUAAAUCCCUUUAAGAUUUCUCUGAGAUUAAGGCUCAGAUGCUGUAUAGCACUAAAAAGCACAGCUCAGUCUUUUUGUCUCAAGGCUUGUAUUAAUUCAUGGUUACUUCUGAAAAGGUUUAAUUCUUCAUUAAGUCAAGUCAGUCCAUUCUAAACAACCUAGCAUUAGCAACAGUACAAAACUCAUGAGGGCCUUUUCUUCCCCCCAGAUAGCAAACUGGGGAGAUGUUUUAAACAUCAUUUAAAUGUUCCUCUCUUCCUCAGCAGCUGCUGUUUGAGGGAAAAGCACAGAGUUGACCUCUGCUAACAAACAGUGGUGUCCAGGUUACGUGGUUUUUAAAACACAUUUUAUCCAUCAAUCAGAAAGGUGCUGCCUGAGGGACAAGGAAGUGUGAUGCUGCACUGGGUUUUAAUUGUUAAAUGUCUAGAGCUGUAACUUUCAGAACCUUUCUUCUGCUGGCAAGGAGGGUGCACUCUUCAAACAAGGCACGGCUGAGAGGUUUAACAACACAGUUGCAGGAGGCUGCAGGAGGAGGUGAAUGUUACUGCCCCACUGUGGUACAUUCUGUUAGGAGGUAUGUUCUUCCCUAUGCAAUGAAAUAUUUUAACAGUCUAUCUUGCAGCCUGUGGGGAUUUUUAAGCAGAGUCUUUUCCAGUGGGAUAAAACCUCUGUGAAGGAGGAUUACUGACAAGAGUGAAACUGAAACGAGUUCAGACAAAACAGAAAGGUUUUAAAAGAAAAUGGCUUUUUUUUAAACUAUGUCAGUGGGAGACUGAUACAAAAGCUCUUUAAUGAUCCAUAAACCUGUAAACUUGUACUGACACACGUGAGCUUUUUAAGUAAGUCGAUUUCUUGAAGGGACCAAAGUCCUAUUUACUACGCUUCGUUUUCAGCCUUCUUUAUGAUAAAUGUUACCCCCUACAACACGUUUUUAGGAUUUAAAAUUGUAAAUAUAUUUUACAAACACAUCACACAACCUCUCUCCUCUCCCCCCAAGCAAUAAAGUACUGCCAGUUGCAUUAUAUGCUCACCAGCAGCUGCUUUGGUUUGUUCCGGUAUUCAAGUUGUUAUUGGUAAUUACUGUUCUUGGUGAAUAUAAAGAUCCUGGAUUUGUACAUUUGUAGAGUCUCCAUAUCUAAGCAGUCACCUUACAGAGUUGUUUCUUCUCAAUUUCAACUGUUUAACUGUAUCCCUGUCGUUGUUUCCAACACAUGAACAAGCUCACCUGCCCCGCACACACACCUAUCUCUGGUUUCUAUUUCAGCACUGCCAGAAAAGGUCAGAAUGACAUUCAAUGCUGAAUCAUGUAAAAAAAAAGGAAAAAAAAAGUUCAUCGAGUCACUUACUUAAAUAUGUAUUUUUAUUUGUAACAAAUAAGCAUUAAACUGUAAAGUAUUUUUGUACAAAUUUAAUACUUUAAUAGCAUGAUAUUUAUCGUCUAUGUUAUGUUUUUUGAAAUUCAAACUGUUGCAAAUAUUUGUAUGGAAAAACUACUGUAUAAAUUGAAAUAAACAGUGAUUUAAAAACAUAAAAAA